UGUGUGUGUACCUGCGUAGGCGGAUGCACAAGCAGCGCAACUUCCUAGCUUUUACCUGUUCAGACACUCUGUGGGGAUGAAAGCAGCUGUCAGCCCCGCUGGCUUAAUGAGACAGACAUAAUCUGACCAGGAGAAGCAGCAUGACAAAGUUUGGGCCUCAGCUCUGAACAAGUUCCCUGCAUUUAUAAUCUGCUGAGAACGUUACGCAUGGAAACAGGCCAAAGUCGGCCCAACUGAGCUGAAGCUGGACGUGGAGACUCGGUGGAGGGUGGAGCGCAGAGGCAUCUUCACAGGUCUUGCUCUCAAGUAUUGAGCAUCUAUUUCUGCAAGUAUGAAUCCAAUGUGGAAGGUUUAUAAAAGCAAAGUGCUGAAGACUAUUAAUCCCGAAUAUGAGGAGGACACUGCCGAGGAGUGGUUUUUGUUGGAUUGGACUUUUCCCACCGCUCAUAUUCACUGCAACACCUGCACUCGAUGCAGGACUUGGUUCUCGUGAAACAGUGUUGCGUUGACCCAGAUCUCCAGAGAGCUGAGAAAUUCGAUCCUGCACAGGAGCUGAACAAACGGAUUAGUUGGCAUUCCAGUCACAGAGGUGGAGAACGAUAUGAGUCCAGUGCAGGAGGAUGAGGGGCCCAACGCUGUCUCCCAGCUGGCCAGGAAAAUGCAGGGGGCAGGAGCUAAAAGCUGGAAUCGGCUAUCAGCGCUCUUCAACAAAGAUGAUGAACACCAGCUCCUAGAGGAGACUGAGAGCCCCCCUGUCGCUGACCAUCCACUUGCAGCAAAGCCCGAGGAGCCUCCGCGACCCACCAGGCGCACGGGAUUCUGGGAUAGCUUUGCGUCCAACUGGGCAGCCAAGAAGCAGGCCGAAGCUGCUGCGGCCGCCGCCGCUGCUGCUGAGAAUGAGGCAGCAACAGGGGAAGGUGAGGAAGGGGUGAGAGAGGCUGGAGGGGCGGAAAGCCAGCAGGAUGGGCAGGUCACUGAGGGAGAGCAGAGUGAAGGGGGAGGAAGGAGCAACAAUAGCUUCUCCAAGUACGUCUCGCUGGGAGGAGGCAACGAGGAUGCGUCUUUCAAAUGGAACUUUGUUACCAGCAAACUGGCAGAGCUGAAGACCAAGACCAAUUAGAAACAUGGUGGAGGAGAAAGUAAAAGAAAAUAAACAACAUGAGGAGGGUGGUAGAUGUAGGAGGAGGGUAAAUUUUGCAAAGGAUAUCCUGUAACUAAACUGGCGCCUCUUGAAGUCCCUCUGUAUUGUCAGCUAUUAUACGCUCCAGAAAACGUGUGUUCACAGCCACAUUAGUACCAAUGGCCUGACUGCUGGUUGAGACAUGAAAAGAAAAACAGUGUUCUUGUUUAUUUAUUUUUUUGUAAUCUUUGGUUCCCCAUUACUUAAAGGUCAGUCUAUUUAUGAAAGAGGAAGUAUAGGUCAUAGGCGACGCUUAACAAAGAGAGCUUCCAUUUCUCUGCCUGCACAGAGCCAGAGGUAAUGUCCAGGUCCUGGACCAGUGAUUGAACUCCAACCACUACUUCUUAUGAAAAAAACGUUUAAAGUUGCUUGUAUUAAAAGACCCCGCAGCACAGAGAAUGCAGUAAAGCAGAAUUUUGGUGACGACCACACUGGUUUAGGCAGCACACGGCAGUGUUUUGCUUUUGCAGCUGUAUGGCUACACUUACUUCCCUAAAGAGCUUCUUUCACCACGAACAUGUGCCUCCACACCUGUCAGCAAACUUGAUCUAAUCUGUAGUUUAACAAAAACCGGAUUAAGAGAUUAAAGGCAGUGAUAGCUGGAUUAGACGGGGAUUAUCUCACUUAACCUGUUCAGAGGCCAGCGGAUUAUAGAAAGGUAAUUUGGCAGUGUGAUGUAGAUACUACAUAAUCUUCCGAGUUUCCCUUAAACGUCAGGAAUGCAAAAUGUGGAGCACAUUUAUCUGACACGUAUGCACGCCUGGUGAGAUAAAGCCGGGAAAAUUGAUGACUUGGAUUUUGUGAUUGUGACUGAGACUGAAAUGUGUGAGUUUUUUGACUUUCAAAAUGUUGUGAUUUAAAACAAAUUUGGCUUAUUAUUGUAUUAUUUCUGUUUUUUUGUGGUUUAUGCCUUAUUCCAUGUUUUAUUCUGCUG